AUGUUAUUGCCGGGAGGUAAGACAGCGCACUCGGCAUUCAAGCUGCCUUUAGAUUUGGUAAGAGCCGAGGUUCCUACUUGCAACAUUGGCAAAAAUUCAGAGGAAGCUGAAGUUCUUAGACAGUGCCGUUUCAUUAUAUGGGACGAAUGUACAAUGACCAGUAAGGGUGCCCUUGAGGCACUGGACCGGUCACUGAAUGGUAUCAGGUAUUCUACAGCUUGUAUGGGUGGUGUAACUCUAUUGUUUUCAGGAGAUUUCCGACAAACCCUUCCUGUUAUCCCUAAAGGGAACCGGACUGAUGAAGUGGGCGCAUGCCUUAAGUCAUCCAUGUUGUGGCCCCAGGUUAACACCUUAAGCCUAAGCACAUACAUGCGUGCGCACUUGCUUGGUGAUAGCACGUCUACAACAUUUGCUGAAGACAUUUUAUCCCUUGGAGAAGGUAAGGUCCCUAGGAAUGAUAGGGGUGACAAAUUCAUCUCUGAACUGUACAACACCAUGGACAACCCUUCCGAUCUUUUGGAAACAGUGUUCCCCAAUCUCGAAAGUAACUAUGCAGACAUCAAUUGGCUCUGUGAAAGAACCAUUCUGGCCCCUCAAAACGUAGCUGUCGAUGCUAUCAACAACCAGCUGAAUUCUGGGUGUGGAGCGCGUCUACAAAUCGAUUGA